UAAUAUGGGAGCAGGGUGAGGAACAUGUGCUGAUUCAUCACAAUUUCAUCCGAAGAUCAAGCUGAAAGAUCUAUCAGAGAUGAGUCUAAAGUAUAAACUAGAAGAGAAGCCCCUCAAAUCAACAGGACAUUGUACUGUAUAUAAGGCAGCUAUGAAUGAGGAUGAGGAGAAAUAAAGCCAUUGUGAAAAAGAUUUUUAUUUCAAAGGUUCCAGAGUCUGAGGUUGAGGAUUAUAUAAACCUCCUUUAUGACCUUGACAAGCUUAAUAAUCAUAAUUUAGUUAAGUUGUACGAUAUGUACAGAAAUGAAACCUAUUUGUGCAUUGUGACUGAGUAUUGUGCUGGAGGAGAUCUCUUCACCAAAGUCAAAGAGCACGGAUUUCAAUAUACAGAGGUGCAGGUAGGAGAAAUCAUCCUAAGGCUUAUUUGCAUUUUGAGAGAUUUUAACAAAAUUAAAACUAAUUUGAAAAAGCCAAAAAUCAUUCAUAAGGAUAUAAGGCUAAAGAAUAUUUAUAUGGAUGAAAAUGGUCAACCAAGGCUUGGAAGCUUCUCAUUUUCUGAAAGGGUUAAAAUUGCAAAACUCAAACAAACAAGCACCCAUAAUAUACUUUUCAAUGCACCUGAGGUUAUAGACAGUUAUAAAUUCUCCCAAGCUUCUGAUAUUUGGUCUAUUGGAGUUGUUGCUUACAGUUUGCUAGUAGGGCAUGAGCCUUUCACGCCAAGAGACGCUACAGAGGCUAUUAAGAAGAUUCAGAAAAACGAGAUUAACUUCUACCCCAUUGAAUGGAAGAAGUUUUCUAAGGAAGCUUACAGCUUUGUUCAUAAGUGACUAGAGCCUAACCCUGAUAAAAGAAUCACUUGUGUAGAAGCUCUUAACCACUAUUGGAUGUCCUCGCUGACUUAUGAAAAUAUAGGAAUCGGACAAACAGCGAAUAACUCUCUGCUUGAUAACCCAGAGGCCGUCUCAGUGCAUUUAAGUAAUGCUGAGAGGUACAACUCUUUCCAUAAGAUGAAGCUUACUGGAGUUAAAGGAGAGAAAAUUUCAAAAUCAGGGUUCAAAAAAACUGGAAAAGUCCUCCCAGAGGAUUUGAGUUAUAACGAGCAUCCUUUUAAAAACCAGAGUAGAGAGGAAAGUCCUGAUAGAAAGAAUGAAGGUGACGCAAUGGUCCAGAAGACAUCUCCUUAAGCCUAAUAAGGAGGUUUACUAUUCAUAAUUGGAGGCUAUAAUAUUC